AUGGCCAUCUUCGGUGCAGCGUAUCUCCGAAAGACGACUGCCUCUGACUGCCAGUCACUGCUUGCUAUGCACGGGAGGGAGCACGGUUUUUCAGGGAUGAUGGACAACAUAGAUUGCAUGCACUUGGAGUGGAGGAAGUGUCUGGUGGCUUGGAAAGGGCAGUUCACUACCGGGUUCAAAUGCAAACACCCGAUGAUGAUCCUGGAAGCCAUUGCUGACUAUCGGCAGUGGAUCUGGCAUGCGUAUUUCGGUGUUAUAGGGAGUAACAACGACAUCAACGUUCUGCAGUCGUCGCCUCUCUUCAAUGAGCAGUGUUGGGGCGAGGGUCUGCAAAUCAGUUUCGUAGCCAACGGUAGACACUACAAUAGGGGCUACUAUUUGGAAGAUGAGAUAUACCUUCGGUGGCCAAUAUUUUUGAAGUCCGAAGAAAUCUUGGUUCACGCAAUGGCAAGAGGGUGCGAGGAAGGGUGUUGA